CUUGUUUACGUUUUGUAAAACAAACACUUGGAAUGAGAAGACGAGUUUUUGAUUAUAAUAAAUUUAUGUCGAGAAAAUAAUAAUUUCAUUACAUCGCAGUAAUUGUUGUGCUCAUUCGCUUAUUACAUUAAAUGCAGUGCGCUGCCGACAUGGUAUCUUCGCUUCUAUGGUAUACUGAUGAUGAAAAAGUCGAAGAACCUAAAGUGAUAGAACAAUUUGUGCAAGACGUCGAAGACUUUAGUUCGCAGUAUGGUAGUGAAAUAAGUAUUUCGUAUACUGCUUUUAAUAUUCGUGGUCCACCGUCGAAUUAUCCAGACUAUGGGGACUAUCCACAAGCGUUUGUGAUGAGGACCUAUGGUACGUGGUGGGACCAAGCGCCUUCAGCUCAGGAGAAUUAUAUGCCUCAAAAUCAUAAUUCUGUUUCAAGCCAAGAUUUUGUAGAAGUGUCCUUCAAAGAAGCAGUCUACCCAUUAGAUGUAUCAGUGUUUGAGACUUACAACCCGGGAGCAUUGGUCCGGAUAUGGGCGAGAGGGGUUACAACAUGGUACUUGCUGUGGGAGGGAGAGCCACAAUAUGUUGGGGAUACUCCGAGGAUAUUCUGUCCACCUAUAAGACAAAUUAAGGAACCUACAAAGGUACUCAGGCUGGAAUUCAACCACAAACUAUUACCAUACUAUACAGAGUUAGAUGCGGUCUUGCUCAGAGGUAUCAUGUGUCCCAACAAUGAAGUGCCGCAGAAAACAAAUAUAUUCUCAUUUUUUGGACGCAGCACACAACCUACAAUUGAAAAAGGUCAAAUACUGAGUAGAGUGUUGGCGUCAAACCUUCAUGAAAACAUUGUGGUACCAAAUUUCACCACGACGCCAAAGGAAAUUGACAGGGGACCAAGUUUGGGAGACUUUCAACGACUUCCUGAUGAAACUAUUCUGUACAUAAUGAAGUUUUUGGACAUGCAGUCCUUAUGCCGCUGUGCCCAGGUCAAUCACCAUUUUAAUAGACUGGCUUCUGACUGUGUGCUAUACAGAAACAUAGAUCUGAGACCUUAUUGGUAUUGCGUGCAAUCUCAGUUGCUAACAACAUUAACGCCGCGAUGCAAGUUUCUUCAGAAAUUGGACCUAUCAUGGUGCGGCAGUAGACGGAUGGUGCAAUCCAGUUGCGUAGUCAAUUUCCUCAAAGACAGCGGAGCGGAGUUGACACACCUCCGUAUGAAUUGCUGUAAAUUUGUCGACAACGCAGUGCUAAGAGCUGUUGUUACCACCUCGUCCUGUUUACAAGAAUUAUGCCUCCGUUCAGUAGUCGGAUGCAGCGAUUGGGGGGUAUUGUCAUCUCUAAAGAAACUCAAACGUCUGGAUUUAUACAGAACUGAUAUCCCCACCGGCGCGGCUGUUGCUAUUGUGUCAGCGAACCCUGGUUUAGAGCACCUUAAUGUUGGGUCUUGCAAAAUGAUAUCGGCCAUGGACGAAGUGGCCAUCGCGCUAGGGAACAACUGCCCCGAGUUGAAAUCCGUGGAUUUUUGGCGGUCAUUCUCCUUAACCCCAAACGGUAUAAGGGCGCUUGGCAACUGUAGGAAUCUACAGGAACUGGACGUGGGAUGGUGCCUUCAAGCCGGCGCGUCCGGCGAAUGGCUGGCAUGGUUAAGUGGCAGUGAAUUAAGGAAAUUAUUCCUCGGCGCGUUACGCGGUAUAUGUGAUCGAGAUAUCAGGGCGCUGUUACCGAGAAUGCAGCGGUUGCAACAACUGGAUUUAUUGGGGGUCAGAGCUGUUACCCCUGACAUUUGUGACGCAAUACUUGACGAGUGUCGUGAACUAAGGCUGCUUGAUGUCAGUUUCUGCGAUCAGAUCCAGGAUUCUCAGGUGUUGGAGUGGCGCGAACAAUACCCUCAUGUGAGAAUAAAGAGGUCUUUUCAAUCGGCUAGCGCCAACACAACGCCUAAUCCUUUAUUUUUGGCGCCAAUGUUCGAAUAGUCUUCAUACUAUUGUCUAUAGCCCAGAACAUAUUUUUUUUUGGCUCAGUACGGUAUAGUAUGGUCACUUUGAGUCUGACAGUAGUCGUAAUUUAUGUUAAAAAUAGAUAUUUCGGAAUAAAAUAAGACUAUAGACAACGUACUUAUAAUAAAUUGGGAAUAAUAAAAUUUGCCUGUUACUCCUGUCCCCGUAGUCUGGCACGCGCGACGCCGUUUUUAUCGCGCGAUAAACUAUCGCUGUACCGUUUCACGUCAUAAUAAAAAGCGAGACAGCGAUAGUUUUUCGCGCGGUAAAAACGGCGUCGCGCGUGCCAUGCUACGGGGGCUUAUACAGUUAUAUCUCUGUCGCAAUGGAUGUUAUAUGAAUUGGUCCAGUACUUUUUUGUGUUACUUAAUAAAAUAUGUAUAUAUUUUUGUAUCAUCAAUAAGUAUAGUUUAUGACUAGAAGUGAUUAGUACUGUUUAAUGGAUCAUCGCAACUGGUGCUAAUCGCUACUAUGAUUAACCAUAACGUUUUCAACUGUCAAAUCCAAGUCAAAAUUGAGACUUUUAUUUCAAUGAAAGUGAUGGUUUCUUUAUAAUUUACAUGUGGGCGAAGUCGCGGACAAGUAUCUAUACAUAUAAUAAAUCUGUAGAAGGGUCAAUUCUGCACAUUGAAAAUAUUGAAAAAAUAAAUAGCAUAGUGUUACUGGAUCGAUACCAAACCCAAAUAUGUGAUUAAAAUUUUUUUUGUCUGUCUGUCUGUAUGUUCAGCCAUCACUGGAAAACUAACGGUUUGAUUUCAAUGAAACUUGGUAUAAUUAUACCUUAUUAUCCUAGGCAUAAAAUAGGAUACUUUUUAUCCUGGAAAAAUACGUAGAAAAAAAAUAAAUCUUAAUUUUUCAGUUUAAGCGAUCUUCUCUCACUAAAACAUCGAAACAUCUAGGCGAAGCCUAGCCGUAUUUGGGUCCGAUAGAUAUUUAUCAGAUGUCAUUGUCAGAGUUACUCAAAAUGGAGAAAUAAACCAUCCACGCGAAGACCGACAUCCGCGCGGAGGGAGUCGUGGGCGGAAGCUAGUAUAUAAUAAAUUCGGGAGAUUUGGUGCAUUAUAUUUUCGACUUGUACUUAAUGUUAAACAUCCUCUAGAUCCACAUUUACACAUCACAAUAACAAUUAACUUUAUUAAAAUAAUAUAUAAUACAAAUCUGGGAAUGGAUUUAAAAACUCUCUAAUGUAACAGUGCAAUACUAUAGAUACAUAUUAUUUUAAUAAUAUAUUUUUCUGUUUCGCUUUUAGGCAGGAACUAAUAGUUUGAUAUUUCUUAUAAAUAUGUAUACAAUACAAUACAUAUUAUAAGUCUUAGCAUUUAUGUUUGAAAUUGUAAGUUUGUAGUUAUAAGUCGUUUUAUUUUUAUAUAGUUUGCAAGACAUCCAUAUAUAUUUGAGGACCUAUGACUGCAUAUUAAUUAAUAUACACAGAGAACAUUAACUAUUAUUUUUAAUAGCAUAAUACUUUUAACAGACUUUUUUUUCCUUUUUUUUAGUAAAGUCAACCCGAGUCGCAUUAAAAAUAAUUACAAGCCUUUAAAAUCGCCUAAUUCAUAAUUUAGCGCUUAUUAUGAUACGCUAUUUUGCCUAUUAUCUGUUGAACUGUGUCGAAAAUAGUUAUAAGUAUAUCUAAUAACUUCUUUAACGAAAAUGGAGAGACUUCUUAAAUAAUUAAUAUAAAUAAAUAAGUACUUUAUACGUAAAUUAGUUAAUGUCGAUUCUUUUAAUUUAUAAGUCGUGGAUUUACAUUAUUCUUUGGGGUAUCUAUAAUUAUACAGAUUUUUGAUAUAUGUAAUUGGGGAUUUUCUGAACUACUAUACUUUUCUUUUGGAGUGAUAUGGUGGGAACUAAGUUAGUACGAACUAAUAUUUUGGGUUAAGGUAGAAUAUAAAUUUUACCUAUCAUUUUUAAACACUUUAUUUGCUUGAUUAUAAUUAUGUGCUACCUCUUCGCAAUUUAUAUAAGUCGCAAAAGUUAUUUAGUUUCAAACGGGAAUAGAAUUAUAAUAACGACAUACAAAAAGGAAAGAAAAUCUCGACCUGGCUUGUUAUAAUUAUAUAUUGAGUAAUCAAAGUGGAGUUUUCGGACUAGAAUAUUCUGUCUAUCCCUCUAGUCUCUACUUUCACAUUCUCAAGUCUCGGCCCAUCCUGGGACUAGUGAAAUAUUCAUAUUUUGUAUUGUACUUACGAGUAUGUUCUUUAAGUUUUGCUUAAUUUGUUUUGAGGAAUAGUCUGCACUUGCUUUUAUUUUGUUUUUAUAAUAACUUUCUAGUCUUAAGCAAACGAUGCAUAACAGUCAAUUUUAAUAAUAUUUAAUUGUUUUUUUUAAAAUGUAAUACGGUUUGAAUUGGUAAUUAAU